CAGGCCACGUGACGUAGUGCCCGUGAACAAUAGAGGGCGUUGGUAUAGCAUCACGUUUAAAUCCAGCACUACACACGAAAAAAGGUUACUUUAAAGAAAUCCGCAGAGCGAUCAUUAUUGCUCAUCCGGACAUUACACCUUGAAAGUCUCGUGGAGGAUACACGUGCCCAUAUUCUCCGUACAUGAUGUCGGGUGUUACAGCGACGGCAGCGGUGCUGUGCAUGUUGGCGGCGGUGUGUGUUGGUCAAAACGACUUUCGAGAUUGGUUUUCGGCAAUUCCCGGAAAUUGUACCCAUUUUACCUUAUCCAUCGGCUCUUUCCGCCGAGAUUUCCCGUGUCCAAAUGAACGGGUGUUCUCUCCAGUUUCAAAGACGUGCGUCGACCAAGACGAUAUCAGGAACACACAGUGUCCUAUAGUGCAGACUGACUCUGACAUCAUCCGUCUGUGUGAGAGAUGUCGGGCCGAGAGAAACGGACGUGCGUGCCUCUUUGCCUCCCCAACCAACUGUGCCACCUACAUCAACUGCUCCAAGACUGUGGACGACGACAUCUACGACAACAUGCCGGCGUAUGCUGGGGAGUGUGAAUACCCAAGCUAUUUUAACGGCGUCACUGGGGAAUGUGAUGACUUCACCCGCGUGUCCUGUGGUGGCAAGCAGGAACCCAGAGAACCAUGCCAGUAUGCGCGGAACCUCUGUGGACGGAGUGCGCACUGCAAGCCCUGUGUGUAUCGCUACGCCAGCUGCGCCGACAAGCCGGACGGUGUCCAGCCGUGGGAGGGACGGAGCUGGACCCCAUACUUCGCCGAAUGCAAGAAUCAGAGGACAUUGUAUUCUGGCUCAUGCGCGUCCAGUAGGUCCGGUCAACCACGCAUCUUCAGCGUGGAGACGAACAGAUGUGACGAUUUGGCCCAAAUCCCAAGACAAUAUGGCGGGCUGAAUGAAGGAAAAUAGUAAGCUCCACCUAGCGACGAGAACUAUUUGAGAUCAGUGACCGUUGUGAAUAUAACGUUUUUGUGUAUUGCAACGUGUAUAUUAUUUUCCUCUCUAUUACAUAUUCUCUAAUGUGUCUCCCUUGCCAUGAAAUUAUCGAACUAGUCAAUAAUGUAAAAAAAACAAAUUGUUAAAACUGGAGUGAAUUAGUGGAGAGAUUAUUCACCGAUGAACUAAAAGUGAAUGUGUUAAUCGGUCAUAAACUAUUUAGUGGCGAUACAUUAUAACAAACAGAUUGCACUACGAGACCACUUGAGUUCGAAUUUACUGAGCCCUUCACACAUUCAGACCGCCUUCUUUUGCAAGUGGUCGCUUAAUAAAGAUAAACAAUAAUCAAAGGCGUGAGAUAAACAAAAUAUAUUUAUCAAAAUAUUUCAUACCGUGUGACGCUUUAAAAGACAAUUGGGAGAUGUGGUAGACUUGUGUCUAAAGUGUCACACAGAAGGACCGAAUUCGAUUCCCCACCUUGCUACAGUUGUGAAACCCAACCCAGACCUUAAUAUGGAUAAGCUGUCGCUUAGCGGCGUAAAACCAAACUCACUCACUUUCACAGUUUUCGUUUUAGCUUAGUUCAUCAGAUUAAUUAUUUAAGUAAUAAAACAUAGAUGUAUGUGACGUUAUUUAUAUAAUAAUUAUCUGAACCUAUGUUUGUGAUUUCAUCUGCAUAAUCUUACCAAUACGUACCACAUGCACGAAACAGCCUGACAGUUUAUGUCCUCUGGCGACAGCAUGAUUUGCACGUGCACUACAUGCUUCUCGUGCAGUGUCUUUUCAAUCUGCCUUUCCUUCCGUUUCAAGGUUGUUUUUGCUGUCAUGGUGUUUAUGUCAAGUUUCUUGAAAAUGUUCAAUUGCGGCAUAAUGUGAUAAAACACACUUUUGUGAAUGACUUGCAUAAUAUACGGCAUGUGUAAAUAUACUUACAGUAACAAUUCCAAGUAAGAAGUCAAACUGUUUGUUAUACUGACAGUGAGUUGAUGUCAUGCAAUACCCUCAACAGUGGUGCCUAAAUUUGUUGACUACUCUAUUUGUUGAUCUUUCACGGAAUCCAUGUUAAGAAGCACGCACCAAAACGUACAGUUUUCUAAUAUUUUGCACACUUUUGCACAAUAAAAAAUGCAAUGUAUUGGUUUGCCUUGCUGAAAUAAAGCGGAGAGAUUCA